UCUCUCUCUCCCCGUUUGUCUUUCAACGCCUAUUCUUCGUGUCUCCGUUGCGGAUUGUCUACACACUCUCGACAGCUCACCAGCUCACAAUGUCGACCCUCUCCUCCCCCCGCCCCUCAAUUGCGUCCUCCCGCGCCCACUCUCCAACUCCGACGUCCUCCCACCGGCCAUCUCUCGACACCCUAAACACCAACAUCGGCCCCGGUCUCAGCGCCUCCUCUACACCCUCAACCGCACGAGCCGUCUCCCCCUCCCUCCAUCCCAGACGCAACCGUGCCGCCCUACGAGAUUACUACCAGCUGAAGCCCUCCGCCGCCGAUCCCACCGGCGGUCGCCGUUCCCGCAGUGUCCCCAGACACACCGAUGCGGGAGACAUCUCAAGCCCCUCGAUAGUAUCAACAGGGACAGAGCUCGACAGUCCGGACUUUGAUCCACAGCGCUAUGUCAACCAUUUACUCGCCACAUCGUCGUUAUCGACUGUCCUGAAAGCGGAGAAUACGCUUGUUGGUGACAUCCGCACGCUGGACAGUGAACGCAAGGCGCUUGUUUACGAUAACUACUCUAAAUUGAUUGCGGCGGUGGAGACUAUUGGCAAAAUGCGUCGGACUAUGGAUGAUAGGGGUGCACCGUUGACGAUGACGAAGACUCUGGGGCCGGCAAUUGCGUUCGUUGCGGAGACGGCGGGGAGUUUGAUUCAGGAGGGCGAGGAACAGCAGCGGCGGAUGAAGGAGGCUAAGGCGAAUGAUGGCACGGAACGCAGAAAGAAUGAGAAGCAGACGGUUCAAUGGGUGCUUGCUGCUCCUGGGAGGUUGGAGAAGCUUCUUGUGGAGGGGAAGGGUGCGGAGGCGGAUAAGGACUGGGAUGAGGUGCGGAAAUUGUUGGAUAAGUGGAAGGGCGUUAAGGGUGUUGUGGAGGUUAGGGAGGCUUGUGAGAAGGUCAUGGAGAGUGAGGAUGAUGAUUCUUGAGGGGAAGUCGACUGAUCCCUUGUCUCAUCAAACAAACCCUAGGAGGCUGUACCGAGGUCUCCAGACAACCCACUUCACGACAGACAAGAGGGCUGCUCGUGGUGUAUGGUGCUUCUAUUUGCUAUUGCAGCUCAUCCUCCAGCCCAGCUCCUGACAAUGGAGCUCACCUGGCGCUGAAUGUGCUUCGGUCUCUUACCGGAUGUCUCUUGCCGCCACAGACUGCGCUGAUAUCCAGCAUGGAGACAAUCCUAGGCUGCAGCUCGAGCUGGUCUCUGAGCUUUGUGGGUUCGAGCUUUUUAAGCCACCGAUAUACACAACAUGGAUUUAAUCAUGUACUCAGCAUGUACAUCUCAUUCUCCAAAUACAUAAUCUCGAAGUACAAUCAUAAUAACAAUUUCAACC